CUGUAGUAUAAUGGACCCUACAGCAUAUUGUAGUAAAACCAGCAAUGGAAAACAUCCUUCGAUCCUUCGGUAUAAUAUCAGAAUAAAAUAUGUUUUACGUUAUCAUAGUAGAGGGUUACGCAUGCGCUUUUCAUCCCUGGACCAAAGUGGACAAGUGUAACUAAAUAAGGACAGCUUACAGAAGUCUUUGUGAAGGACGUGUUAAAAUAUAUAUUUAAUGAUGUCGUGUGGGGCAGAAUGCCUCUCCCUGGGACCUCCUCCAGACUCCAUCGUGCAUAUGCCGCCUCCCCCUCUACCGGCGUUCCUCGCGAACAUGGCAAACUUAACACCACCAUGCAGAGCCUUCAAAUGUCCCCCACAACACAAUAACGAAGAUAACUCUCUGUUCCCGGGCGUUGAAUACCACGAAUUACCACGACAUGAGCCAGCUGCCACAGAUGACACGUGGUUUUUGGUGUUAAUAACAUGCUGUAUCGCAGUUUUGUGCAUUGCUGCUCUGUUGGCUCUGUUUCUUCUGAAGUGUCGAGAGGCAAGAGGUGGAUGCAAAAGUGGAACUGGAAAAACUAGCGGUUCAAAUGCUUUAUAUGGCAGCGCGGCUCUGGAUUCUCGAGUCCUAUGGGCGGCUCUCACUCCCCGAGGCACCAGGCAUUUUGUUGCCGAUACUUAUCCUCAUGAUGAAACUGAAGACCACCACUACGAAUGCGUUGAACCACCUCUGUACAAACUUGGUCCGCCUGAAGACCUGGCUAUCACUCGACAUUACAACGUAGAGUACGAAGAUCCCGCUCCUUUAAUAGAAAGCUAUUCCGACCGAACAGAAGAAUACUUCAGGAAUGGAAUGGAGACUCUCCGUAGAGGCAAUAGGCCAUUAGUUUCCUCUCCAACAAGAAUUGAAAGACCAAACUUGCCACCAUUAAAUCUUCAGCCCAGAACCCUUCGCCGUGCACCCCAUUCUCGCAGGGUCAGCGAUGCAAACAAUUCGGAAAAAUCGACCAUCUGAACCGAGAAUGGCGCGGUAUUUUCCGUCGCCGAUUCAACAGAUAUCGAUUAUGAGUGGUCGAUUACAGAUUCAAACGUUGAUCGACUUGUAUAAAGACAAAUAAUAUUUGUCUUGAAAUAUGGAAUUAUAGUCCAAUAAAAUCAAAAGAAUCUGAAAGGAACUCUAUUGUUUUGUGUACCAAAGACUAAAGAUAUUCAACUUUACUGUAUAAAAGUGAUCACUUAUCAAUACCAUAGUAGAAUAUUUAAAAAA